CUGUUUGUCGAGCUUAGCUUUUAUAGGCGGCCCCGGUUGACUGAGUCAGAUUGCGACGGCUGGCAUGUGGAACGGACCUCAGAUGAGCCAGUAGUCGUGGUCCUGUACGCGGAGGCUGGCAUGCGCGUCGAACAAUAAAAGGAAAAAGUGAGUGGGGAGCUUCAUUCUUCGUGCCGUAAGUACGAUUGACAUCAUGCCACCCAAAACUUCCGGAAAGGCUGCCAAGAAGGCCGGUAAGGCCCAAAAGUCUAUCACCAAGGGUGAUAAGAAGAAGAAGCGCAGGAGGAAGGAGAGCUACAGCAUCUACAUCUACAAGGUGCUCAAGCAGGUCCACCCUGACACUGGUAUCUCCUCCAAGGCCAUGUCUAUCAUGAACUCUUUCGUGAAUGACAUUUUUGAACGCAUUGCAGCUGAGGCUUCCCGCCUUGCACACUACAACAAGCGUUCCACCAUCACCAGCCGGGAGAUUCAGACCGCUGUCAGGUUGUUGCUGCCCGGAGAACUGGCUAAGCACGCCGUUAGUGAGGGAACUAAGGCCGUCACCAAGUACACUUCUUCCAAGUAAAUCUCUAGGUUGCAUGAUUUACUUGCCUCCUAGAACAACAUCGGCUCCUUUAGGAGCCACA